UAAGGAACCAAUAGGACGGAGGAAUGGGCGGGCUGUUGGCAGAAACCCGGAUUCCGGUUCCGGUGGGCCUCCAUCAGCAAGCUCCAGUGCUACGUGUCCCUGGCAUUUUAGGUGUCGGUUGGGCAGGCAGUCAUGGAUCAGGUAAUGCAGUUUGUUGAGCCAAGUCGGCAGUUUGUAAAGGACUCCAUUCGGCUGGUUAAAAGAUGCACUAAACCUGAUAGAAAAGAAUUCCAGAAGAUUGCCAUGGCAACAGCAAUAGGAUUUGCUAUAAUGGGAUUCAUUGGCUUCUUUGUGAAAUUGAUCCAUAUUCCUAUUAAUAACAUCAUUGUUGGUGGCUGAAUACAUUUUGGAAGAGAGUUUUUCAUCUUAGAGAUUGGUGAACCAAGUGUGAGGGUGUGAGAAAGUCACAGAAUACAAAUUUGCCUGUAUGUUUUGUGGGGUUUUUUUUUUUCCUUUCAAGAUGUUUUCUAUUUCUAAAUUAAAGUAAUUUCAAAGUAAA